UAAUGAUUGCCAUGCCGACAAUUACAGUUCUCUACAUAUUGGUUAAUAUUUCUUAUUACACCGUACUAAGUCCGCAACAAGUCCUUAUGGACGAAGCAAUCGCCACGACAUUCUCAUCAUUCACACUGUAUGGGAAAGGCAUUUUACAAAGGUCUUUACCAUUUCUUGUUUGCUGUGCUGCAUUUGGGACAGCUAAUGGUCUUUGUUAUACAUAUUCUAGAAUGGCUGUUGCUCUUGGUAGAGAAGGUCACAUGCCUCAGAUUGUAGGCAUGGUAAACCCUGAUACCAUGUCACCUAACUUUGCUCUAUUCCUCAUGGGCCUUAUCUCAACCAUCACUCUUCUCCUUCCGAUCAGCUUAGAACAUCUAAUCGAGUUUUUCAGCUUUGCUAUCUGGCUAUCAUACUUCUUUAUAUCCAUCGCUGUCCUUAUCUUACGAUACACAAAACCAGACCUCAAUCGUCCUUUCAAGGUCCAUUGGUCGCUACCAGUCUUGAUGGCUAUUCUCUCUGUUUUCUUCAUAAUUGCGCCAUUCUUCGAAUCUCAUGGUGGAAAUGAGAUCAUUGCUGCGACAGUGAUUAUCGUGGCUGGAUUAAUUGUCUACGUGCCUUUCAUCUAUUACAAAUAUCAGCCGCCGUUUAUGGAUAAAAUCACCAUCUUCGUUCAGCUCUUUUUAUGCAUCGUCAACACGGAAUAUAAACCUCCUGAAGACUUCCCAAUUAAUGAAGAUGAUCAUCAUAACUCCAAGAGCCACAACCACAAUUAACUCAUUACCUAUAUGUAGGGAAAGUGACAUAAAUCGAAUGAGUAUCGAAGCUCUAUUUUGUGCUAUCAGCGAUGGUUCAAAAUUAUGAAGUCUUGCGACAGGCACUCUUAAAAAACUUAACCCAAUAUUGG